GUAAACACUCACCGCCCAAUCUCAAGUCUCCACCUUGAUUUUUUCAUUUUCCUUUCCUUUGUAGUAUAUGCAAGAUUUUCCCUCUCUCAAUCUCUGGUUCUCCCUCAAAAACGAAAAUGGCAAAUUCUCUGAUACUAGCAGCAGCUGCUGCUAACAAGUCACUCCUAGCAGCACCAUCUCACUGCCACUCUUUCUCAUUACACUCAAAUUGCCCUCCUCCUCAGCACACUCAAUCAUUUCCAUCCAAGGCUUUCCUCCAUCUUCACUCACUCUCUCUGACUUCACUUCAUCGCCGACUCAUUCCAGUUCCUGCUCUUGACUCUGACGUCCCUUACCCUCUUGACCAGGGUUCAACAGUGAAGGUAAAGAAUAGUAGAAGUAAGGAAAUUGAAGAAUGGGACUCUUGGACAGCCAAAUUCUCUGGAGGAUCAAAUGUCCCUUUUUUGUUACUCCAAAUGCCUCAAAUCAUUCUCAAUGCAAAAAAUCUUAUGUCUGGAAAUAAAACUGCCCUUUUGGCUGUACCAUGGCUGGGGAUGUUAACUGGGCUGCUUGGAAACCUUUCAUUGCUUUCCUACUUUGCGAAAAAGAGGGAAACCGAGGUUAUUGUGGUGCAGACACUGGGAGUGGUUUCGAUUUACGUUGUAAUUGCCCAGCUUGCAAUGGCAGAGGCCAUGCCUCUGCCUUACUAUAUGGUCACUUCAGUUGUUGUAGCAACUGGCUUGCUAUUAAAUUUCUUGAAUUACUUUGGAAUGCUCAGUGCUGGAAUCUGGCGCUUUUGGGAAGAUUUUAUCACUGUUUGUGGAUUGUCGGUCCUCCCUCAGGUUAUGUGGUCUACAUUUGUCCCAUAUAUACCAAACUCCAUUUUGCCAGGGGUAAUAUCUUUUGUCACAGCAAUCGCAGCUGUUGUCAUGGCACGAACAGGAAAACUCUCUGAAAAAGGUGUAAAAUUUGUUGGAGGAAUAUCUGGAUGGACAGCAACACUUCUCUUCAUGUGGAUGCCAGUGUCACAAAUGUGGACGAAUUUCCUGAAUCCUGAUAAUAUUAAAGGUUUAUCGGCUUUCUCAAUGCUGCUUGCUAUGAUUGGAAAUGGACUUAUGAUCCCUCGUGCCCUUUUUACUCGUGACUUCAUGUGGUUCACUGGUUCUACAUGGGCUUCCCUUUUCUAUGGUUAUGGGAAUAUUUUAUGCAUGUACUAUUUCAACAGCGUCAGUGGGAAAUUUCUUUUGGCAGCAACAGCUGGUUUGGUUUCCUGGAUAGGUAUGGCUUUGUGGAGAGACACUGUAGUUUAUGGAUACAGCUCACCUCUUAGGUCUUUGAAAGAGUUGAUUUUUGGCUCUUGAAUUCCUAA